AUGGAUUUCGUCAACAAGUUUACCGGUGGCGACAACCAGAACGAGGGUCAGGGCCAGCAGCAUCAGGGCGGCCAGCAGCAACAAGGCGGCGAGCAGAAGCAGGGAGGCGGUUUCCUCGGCGGCAUUGGCGACAAGCUCAACAGCGCAGCCGGCGGCGGAAGGGAGAGCGAGAAGAACGAGGACUACUUGGACAAGGGUGUCGAUUUCGUCCAAGAGAAGUUUCUCGGAGCCGGCGACCAGAGCAACGAGUCGGCCAUCGAGCAGGCCAAGGACGAGCAGAUCUCCGACUUCAUUCGCAAGCAGUACAAGAACACCACCGGCAGCGAUUUCCCCAUCGCAGACAAGUAG